CAGCAUAUAUGUCGAUCAAAUGAUGUCAAAUCCAAAAGAAAAAGCACUAAAUCAAAAGGAAAAGCCAAGAACGACAACUUUGUUUGGACAGACGACGAAGUCGAACUUCUUUUAAAUGUCGUGGUCGAAUAUAAAGUAAAAAGGACAGCAGAAAAUGUCGACUGGGAAUCGUGUAUCACAAAAUACUCUGAUAUUUUGGAUAUGUUUAUCGCACAGUAUCCAUCCCCAGAAAACGCUGAAAUGAUUGGCAAAAGCUUCUCACACAAAGAGCAUGAACUAAGCAAAGCUAGUCUGACCGCAAAACUGAAACAGGUGAGGUUGAAGUUCCGAUCUGCCGUGGAUAGUUGGAGGAAAAGUGGCCAUGGUAGAGUGGUCCUUCUCUACUUUGAAUUAUGUGAACAAAUAUGGGAUGGCUCUCCGGCUACAACCACUUUACCGACAGGAAUAGAAACCAGCGAAAUACAAGACGAACUCGAGUUAAGUAUGUUGAAUUCUCCAAGUCCUGCUAGUAGAUCUGGUACUUCUCCGAGCAGAUGUGGUAACCCUACUAGUAGAGCAAGUACCCCUACUAGUAGAGCUAGUACCCCAUCCACCAGCACCAUAGAGCUUGACGACGAUGAGCGACCUGAGAAUGUGAUUGAGUCCAAUCAACAAAACAAUGAGAAUGCGAAGGAUGCACCAUUAAAGGAAAGGAGAGACUUACUGGACGCUAGAUUGAAGGGAUACAGGCAAGAAAAGCUGAAACGAAAACUUUCCAUCGACUCUCAAUUGUUAAGUGUUGCUCAAGAUGAUGUUGAGAUUAAGAAAAGGUUGAUAGAGAAGCUGGAUAACAUGGACAAACAGCAAGCAAACAACAUGAGUAAACUGACUUCAAAUAUGGAACAGCUGACUGGGUCCAUAAUAGAAGGCUUUGCUAUGCCAAGGCAAGUAAUGCUUCAACCAUGUGCCAUGCCACAACAGUAUACAGCACCGCAACCUGUUUAUCUUGACUCCUACAACAGAAUGCCUCAGCACCAGCAUUCAGCAACCCAGGAGUACGGAAAAUACUGUAAACAGUGA